AUGCUAGCCCAACGAGGUGACCUUUUGCCCGUGGAAGAUGUGGUGACAUCAAUCGAAGAAUUAUCAACACCAGUGAAGGGAAUGCCAAAGAUGGACAUAUUAAAAGAGAUCGAGAUGCUCAGAAUGGAUGAUGGAUUAGAAAGAGAACAGGUAAAGCAGGCAAGGCAAAUGUUAAAAUGGGAAUGGGACGUGUUUGCGCAAUCCAUGCUUGAGCUAGAUUGUACACAGGUACCUCAAGAAUUGCUUGCAAGAACGAAGUCUACCGGUUGCUUUGAGUCCGACUGA